GCGGCAAAGGCAACUAAGAUUAACAGGUAUUAAUCAACAGCAGUAAAACUGCUUAUAUGUGAAGUUACUUAAGUGGAAACUGAAAUAAUUUGUUAUGGAGAAUCCGUUUUAGACAGGGAAUCAGGUGUUUGUUAUGCCACACUAUUAAAGUUUUAGCUGAGUGGUGGCGCUAGUAUAGCAUUGUAGUAAUAUAAAACACAUUUAGCUAACGCUGCAGCAGUUAAAAAUAUGCGUUUCACGUACAGUUUAUUUGGAUAACGUAAAUCAUGGAAAGUGUUUUGCAGAAUCUGAACGGCGUGGCUGAACUGUUGGCAGUGGCGCGGAGCGAGUAUGUGUCACACUGGGACCCCGAGACCGUCCAUCGGGCUUUUCAGUGGGCGACUUAUUUUGAGCACCUGCACGGCAGGUUCCGCACGAACACGCGUAUCCGCAAAGCACUGGGCGACAGGCUGGUGUCCAUCAACGGAAGCCUGAGCAACGCGUUUGAACUGUACCGUGAGCUGGGUUUCGAAGACUUGGGUCACUGCCGAGGCGUCUUGCUCGCCUCGCUGUUGUCGAACCCGGCCCUUCCCAAAACCGUGUCCGACACUCUCUUCGUCAGGUUCCGUCCUUGUUGCCGUGACACAACGGGGCAGCGUGACCAGUCUGACCUGAACCACCUACUCGGAAUCGCCAGGUUGAAAGCUGCAUCUACCGUCCUGUCACACGCCCUAAAACUAGAGCGCAGGACCGCCACUAACCCAUACCUGUUGCUGUUGGAUCCUGUAACUGAAACAGAGGGUGAGAUGGUAUUAAAAAGUCUAGAGACACGGAUGCGGUGUCCGUCCGCUUUCCCGCGGGACGAGCUUGUCGACAGCCUUUUCGCACAGUUACAGCAAGACGAAGUAAACAGGUCAGAUUUUUCAAAGAUCUUGGCUGCUGUUCUCUUGGCUAAACAAACUAGCACGGAGAGCGGUGCGGUGGACCUGGCUUUGAAGUGGUUGCUAAGCAACAGAUGCCAGCUACAAACAUUCUGCCACCGAGUGCCUUGCGCUUUGCUAUCUGAACUGGCUCACCGGUACCCCUCGUUCAGAUGCGCCUACCUGGAGUUUUUGACCAAAUGGGCGCGGUCUAUGGAGUAUGAUUUUAGUUGCGGGGCCUGGAGACACGGCAGUUCUCCAGAACUAAACUGGAAGGAACUGCUGGCCCGUUUUAGGGGUCUUUUGGAGGGACCGACGUUAGUAAAAGAGGCGACUGAGACUGCCUUGUGCUCUUUGAAAGCAGAUGAUGGUGAUUUUGAAGUGUGGGGCAUAAGCGUGUGGACAGACUUGCUUAUUGCACUAAAGACAAUGUGAUUGCUAUGUGAUGUAUGAUGGUGUUUAUUGUCUCUGAAAAGACUGGAAUGCUAUGGGCAUCACAUGACCACUAUAAAUACUUACUUAGAAAUUCCUCAGUGUUAAUGCAUGCAUACUUUAUGCUUGUUUUGUUCUGUUUUUUUUGUUUGUUUGUUUGUUUUUGUCAAUGUAUAUACUGUGUUGAGUUACAUUCUUCUUUUAAGUUUUGUUUUAUUUUAUUUUG